AUGGCUAAGCUUCUAAUUGGUUCGUUCGUUAUGCUAUUGAUCGCGAUCGACAGCUCGUCUGCUCAAUUAUCCACGAGCUAUUACGAAAAGACCUGCCCGGACGUGUUUACAUCAGUGAAAUCGGCCGUGAGAUCUGCAGUUGGGAAGGAAAGACGUAUGGGGGCUUCCCUCUUGCGUCUCCACUUCCACGAUUGCUUCGUUCAAGGCUGUGAUGGAUCCGUACUUCUGGAUGACACGUCAUCUUUCACCGGCGAACAAACGGCCCGUCCGAACUCGAAUUCGCUUAGGGGCUUCGACGUCGUAGACGAAAUUAAGUCAAAGGUGGAAUAUGUGUGCCCUGGCAUCGUGUCAUGUGCUGAUAUUCUAGCCAUUGCUGCUCGGGACUCGGUCGUUCUUCUUGGUGGGCCCACUUGGAAAGUGAAAGUUGGGAGGAGAGACUCAAAGACAGCAAGCCUUUCAGCUGCAAACAGUGGUGUAAUACCACCACCAACCUCAAACCUUGAUGACCUUAUAAACAAGUUCAAAGCCAAGGGUCUCUCCACUAAGGACAUGGUUGUAUUAUCAGGAGCACACACCAUAGGGCAAGCAAGGUGUGCUGUGUUCAGAGGCCGAAUAUACAACGAGUCCAACAUCGAGGCCUCGAUUGCUCGGACGAGGCAGGGGACAUGCCCUAGAGCUAGCGGCUCCGGAGAUAACAACUUGGCCCCGCUCGACUUUCAAAGCCCGACUUCCUUCGACAAUGCCUACUUCAAAAACCUGGUGGCCCAAAAGGGACUCAUGCACUCGGAUCAGGUUCUGUAUAACGGAGGCUCGACCGACUCCAUUGUCGACUCGUACAGCAAAGACCCUAAAGCUUUCGAGAAGGACUUUGCUGAUGCCAUGAUUAGGAUGGGUGACAUCAGUCCGCUCACCGGGUCGAAUGGAGAGAUCAGGAAAGCGGGGAGAUUCAAGGGCACCCGUGAUGCACCAAAAUUCCGGCGAGUUCCAAGAGCACCAGGCCAUUCACGGCGAGGCAGGCACACUCCGGCUGCAGUCCUGAGCCAAGAUAGGCGCGCCUGCUUCGUGUGCGACAGUGGCCAUGUUCCAAGACAUGGGUUUUUCCGGCCACAAGCCCUCGGAAGUCAAGCGAAGCCUGAGACCUUCUUGUCUACUCGUGAGAAACGAUUGUAUAACUUAGGGCUGCAUCAUCUUCGGUGCACGCCGCCUGAAGUCGCUGAUGUCCACCGCAAGCCGCCUGAAUUCGCCAACGGCUCCCGAUUUCUCACCUCAACGGCGGAAAAUAAAUGA